GCUCUGGUUGGUUACGGCGGCCGGGAGGGGCCAGCGUGGAGCUGGGUCGGACGGAGGCGUCUCUCUGCUCCCGCGUUGCCCUCCCUGCGGCGAGCGCGGCGGCCGCGGCCCGGGGAAGAUGCUGGAGGCGGCGGCCGAGCCGGAGCUGGACCCCGAGGACCUGGUGCAUUUCUCGGUGGGGGACCUGCCCAGCCGGGGCUACGGGGUGAUGGGCGAGAUCCGGAGGCAGGGCAAGCUCUGCGACGUGACCCUCAAGGUAGGGGACCACAAAUUCAGCGCCCACCGGAUCGUGCUAGCAGCUUCCAUCCCUUAUUUUCAUGCCAUGUUUACAAAUGACAUGAUGGAAUGCAAACAGGAUGAGAUUGUCAUGCAAGGAAUGGAUCCAAGUGCACUAGAGGCUCUGAUCAACUUUGCUUACAACGGACACCUAGCAAUUGAUCAGCAGAAUGUUCAGUCUUUGCUGAUGGGGGCAAGUUUCCUUCAGCUGCAAAAUAUCAAAGACGCCUGCUGUACCUUUCUUAGAGAGAGGCUUCAUCCUAAGAACUGCCUGGGUGUACGUCAGUUUGCAGAAACCAUGAUGUGUGCCGUGCUCUACGAAUCUGCCAAUAGCUUCAUCCACCAGCACUUUGUGGAGGUGUCCAUGUCUGAAGAGUUCCUUGCUCUACCCUUCGAAGACGUGCUGGAGCUGGUUUCAAGGGAAGAGCUCAACGUCAAGUCUGAGGAGCAGGUAUUCGAAGCUGCGUUAGCCUGGGUGCGGUACGACCGAGAUCAGAGGGAACCCUGCUUACCUGAGCUACUGUCCAAAAUCCGACUGCCCCUUUGUCGACCUCAGUUCCUCACUGACCGUGUGCAACAGGAUGACCUUGUCCGCUGCUGCCACAAAUGCCGGGACCUGGUGGAUGAAGCAAAAGACUAUCACCUAAUGCCAGAACGUCGGCCGCACCUCCCGGCAUUCAAAACACGUCCCCGGUGCUGCACGUCAAUCGCAGGAUUGAUUUAUGCUGUUGGAGGUCUUAAUUCAGCAGCAAAUUUUUAUGCAGGUGAUUCACUGAACGUGGUAGAAGUCUUUGACCCCAUUGCAAAUCGCUGGGAGAAGUGCCAGCCGAUGACGACGGCACGUAGCCGAGUGGGUGUUGCUGUGGUGAAUGGACUCUUGUAUGCCAUUGGUGGAUAUGAUGGCCAGUUAAGACUGAGUACAGUGGAAGUUUACAACCCAGAGAUGGAUUCUUGGUCCAAAGUGGGAAGCAUGAACAGCAAACGAAGUGCAAUGGGAACAGUAGUGCUGGAUGGGCAGAUCUAUGUAUGCGGUGGGUAUGAUGGAAACUCAUCCCUCAACUCCGUGGAAACGUACUCACCAGAAACAGACAAGUGGACGGUAGCGACUCCCAUGAGUUCGAAUCGCAGCGCGGCUGGAGUCACCGUGUUCGAAGGCAGGAUCUAUGUGUCUGGAGGACACGACGGUUUACAAAUUUUCAGCAGUGUGGAGUACUACAACCAUCACACAGCCACGUGGCACCCCGUCGCAAGCAUGCUGAACAAACGUUGUCGGCAUGGAGCCGCCUCCCUGGGCAGCAAGAUGUUCGUCUGUGGCGGCUACGAUGGGUCUGGCUUCCUCAGCAUCGCCGAGGUGUACAGCUCCAUGGCGGAUCAGUGGUACCUGAUUGUCCCAAUGAACACUCGACGGAGCCGCGUCUCCCUGGUAGCCAACUGUGGCCGCCUGUAUUGUGUGGGUGGCUAUGACGGACAGUCCAACCUGAGCUCAGUGGAGAUGUACGACCCAGAAACCAACCGCUGGACAUUCAUGGCUCCUAUGGUGUGUCACGAGGGAGGGGUUGGUGUGGGGUGCAUACCGCUCCUCACCAUCUGAACAGGAAGUAUUGGUGGCCGUCUUCAAGCAACAAUCCCUGGAGAGGUUUGGCGAGGGUUUUAUGAUGUGAUAUAUCAAGAGGUACAUUCUAGGUGCUCAAGUGUCAUUCGCGAACACAAACGGUUCAAAAGAAAGUCGCCCUGCGAUUUUUUUGGGCUGAGGCUCCACAACAGAUGAAUAAUUCACCGUUCAGAUCAUGCGCGUGUAACCUACUCCCUUCCCUUCCCCCACACUUUGGUCAUUAUGUGGAUCUAAGGCUAGGCAGAUGCUUCCUUCUCCUAGCCUUUGCUUCAGGUACUGCGUUGAUCCAGACGUGGUCUACUUCUGGUUAUGCUGUUGGGAAGCAGUGGUGGAGUCUAUAUGUUGGUUUGACCCUGUAUAAACUAAUAUUGGCCAGAUCAGUGGGUGAGAGUAUGUAUGCAGUAUGUUCCGGGCAAAAGACCCUAAUGCCACGAUUCAGUUUAUUGUUAACUGCAGGAGCUUGAAUAUAGCAAACAGUCCUGUUCAUUCUGUUUCAUUACCAGGCACUUUGGAUUUUACCCACUCUUAGCCCCUCCUGUUUUGUUUCUCACCAGUAUUGGUUCUUAGAAGCCCAUGAGUGGGUAAUCCUUGGAGAUGUGUAGCUUCCUUAAUUUCGGAGGAUCUAUCCCUAUGACCAGUGUGUUUCAUUUACGUCUUUUGAAUGUAAUUUACUUUAUUCUGCUGGAUCAGGAAAAUUGGAUGUAACCAUUAAGAGGAUGACAAAUGUUUUCCCCUUUCACAUUCUCCAAAAAAAUAGAUUAAAACAUCUAACAGUACUAAAAGACUGCUGAGAAAAAAAUUGAAUAUAAAUGAUACUAGCAGCAAACUUAUAUUUAAAUAGGAAAAGUGCCAAAAUGUUAAUUAUACAGAUAUCUUUUUUUUCAAUUAAAUCUGUUUUAAAUCUUUUUUCCUUUCACAAAACUUAGGCAUUGGUUUCCAAAAUACAUAUUAGAAACAGCUCGAUUGCAGUAUGGUCAAGAUCUGUCCUUUUGAUCUUUUGCGCAGAGAUGAAAAUGUAGCAUCUCACAUGUUCUUUGUUUUGGAAAGUUCCUGCUGUGCAUUCAGAUGUUUUUGAUUUCACAAAAAUGUUUUGUGGGUUUUGAAAUACGCACUUGGCCUGCUGUGUUCUGAGCUCUUACAUCUAUUGUUGGUCUGUUUGACAACUGUCUUUCACUUAAGAAAGCUCAAAUACAGACUAGUCCUUAACAGAGAGAUAAUGCAUAGGUAAAGACAAUAAGGGUUUGUGCAAGGGACGUAACUUGGGCCCCGGGAAAAUCACAACAUGCACAAACUUUCAGCGCAGCUGAAGGUUUUGUUAAAUCAGUGUCUAGCUUUUUCUGUUUAGCUACACUGGAAAGAUCUUUACAGCACGCUUGGUUGAUGCUCUGUUAACCUAGCCAUGCAGCCAUUUUUUUACAGCCAAACAAUGACCGUUGCGAAAGUGUGAAAUUGUGCACAUCCUUCACUUAAAGGAGAGAUGAAUGUGAAAGACUAUUAGCGACCAAGCUAUCAGUCUGGUCUUUCCCCAGGAGUCCGUGCCCAUAUGUUCCCCACUGUUGUUUUCCUAUCAUGUAGCCCUAUACUGGCAGAAGAUAAGGCAUUCUCUUCCCCUUCUUCCUUGGUUCUUUGCCUUUUUAGUAUCCCUGUUUCUCCUCUUCUGUAACGAUUGCAAAUGGAAGGACAUGUGGAUCCUUGUGUUCUUACUGCAACUGCAGUGGCACGUGCCACUUGACAAAGAGAUGCUUUGGAGUGUCCGCGUUUGCACCUGUGCCCUGGAGACAUGUCAGAUGCCUUUAUGUUGCCUGUUAACCUUUGUAGACCUGAAGAGUGGAUGGCUGGGUCCAAGUCUGAGUCUUGUCCUACAUUGCUGCCCAUCUAGCUACUUCAGGCACCGAGAUCCGGCUUUACAAUGAUUUUUUUUUUUUAAAUGCCUCAAGGUUACAAACUUUACCCCUUUUUUGAAAGCAGAUCAUCCCAUGAUGAUUUGGUUGAGGUAAAUGUGAGUGGCCAGCACAUGGUAUGGUUGUGGACAAGUCAUCAGAGUUCUCUCACGUCUGAGAGGGGGACAAUUCUUUGAAACCUUCUUUUGUGCUAAAUCAAGAAGCAACAACGUUUUCAAAAUCCAAGUAGGUCUAUGACUGCGUUAGUCAGUCCAAGCAUGAAGCCAGCACUCUGCUUAACUUCCAUCACAGAGGGGUUAGAGUAGCGCAUGACACUGACAGCCUGUGUGGUGUGCAAUAUCUAGACGCAGCAGGAUGAGGGAAGGACAGCAUGGCCUGGGAGAGACCCCUUUGAACUUGGGGAUAAUGUUAUAAAAUGAUGUGAAAUGUAUUUAUUAGCUCUUCAGUAUUUCACUGCAUGAAUAUGAUCUGUCACUAAUCUAGGGCUUCCUUCUUAGCCUACUUCCUCCUGUAUGCUCCUUUAGUGAAGACCUGGUCAGUCUGUGAGAAUGCCAGCACAGGCUUCUGAUGAGAUGAGCAGCUGGGAAGGGAAGGACGCUGUAUUCCAACACUAAUCUCUUCCAUUGACACAAAGGGACAUGGGGAAAUGAUAAAUCUAAGUCCAUUCCUUUUCGUGUAUGCUUUUUUAUGUUUGCAUCUUCCUCUGCAAGGGCCAGAUCCUGUGAGACCUUGAGCACCCUAAUUUUGGUCACUCAGUGGGAGCUGAGCAUGCUCUGCAUCUCUUCAAACAGAGUCCUGAGUCUGAAUUUCUGCGCGUCGUCAUGAGUUUUUUGUUUUGUUUUUGUUCAUAUAAAAAACCUCAAUGCUGCUUGGAUUUUUUUCAUUGGGUGUGGAUGUGGACGUCUCUGUUUUCAGGUACCAUGUAUUGUAGAUGUAUAAUAUGAGCAUGUGUGGUUCUAAAUGUGAGUGGUUUGUCUAGGGAUCAAUAUCUAUUUCCUGUUUGUAUACAUUUACCAGCCAAUGGAUCGUGCUUGAGGAUAAACAUUCGUUUGGCAUUUCCAUGCUGCUAAGACUUUUUUUUUUUUUUUUUUAAACAUUGGCAUCAAGACUAAGGUGGUUUUCGGGCCAUGAACUGAAAGAUGGUAGAAAAAUAAAAUUGUUGUUUGCCACUAGC